CUGCCCCCUCAACAAAACAAGCACGUGCGCGCAUGCACGGCCGCACACAUUUUUAGAGGAAUUAACCCCAUUUUCCAUGGCAGGCGGCACCAAUGAAGUUUAAAAUCCCGUUUGUUUCCAUUGCCACGUCUUUUUUUUUUUUUUUUUAGUUACUGAUUUAAUUUACCAUGUGACUGAAUUAGAGGCUCACAUGGCUGAGGUGACUGCGUGAUCCGCUUUAGCUUUUUUGUAAAGUCCGGGGAUCGGCAGCGACCAUCCGCCGCAGAGGACCGCUGCGAAACCCGGCGCCCACCCGGACGGAUCAUGGCGAACAGCGGGCAGAAAGUUGUGCUGAUCACCGGCUGCUCCUCCGGCAUCGGGCUGCGAAUCGCCGUCACGCUGGCCAAAGAUGAGAAGAAGCGUUACCAUGUGAUUGCCACCAUGCGGGACCUGAAGAAGAAGGACAAACUGCUGGAGGCGGCCGGAGACGUGUACGGCAAAACCUUGAUGCUGCUUCCACUGGAUGUGUGCAGUGACGAGUCAGUCAAGCAGUGCAUCAACAAUGUCAAGGACCGUCAUAUUGAUAUCCUGAUCAACAAUGCAGGCGUGGGCCUGCUGGGGCCCGUGGAAAGCAUCAGCAUCGAGGACAUGAAGAGAGUUUUUGAAACCAACUUCUUCGGUGUGGUUCGCAUGAUCAAAGAAGUGAUGCCGGACAUGAAGAAGAGGCGGUCAGGACACAUCGUGGUCAUGAGCAGUGUCAUGGGUCUUCAGGGAGUGGUGUUCAAUGACGUUUACACUGCCUCUAAGUUUGCUAUGGAAGGCUUCUGUGAGAGCAUGGCCGUGCAAUUGAUGAAGUUCAAUAUCCGGUUGUCCAUGAUUGAGCCUGGCCCAGUGCACACAGAGUUUGAGACAAAGAUGAUGGAGGAUGUGGCCAAGAUGGAGUACCCAGGAGUAGAUGCAGACACAGUUCGGUAUUUUAAGGACGUUUACCUGCCCUCAUCCACAGAUAUUUUUGAAGCCAUGGGCCAGACGCCAGAGGACAUAGCCAAAUGCACUAAAAAGGUAAUUGAGUCAAACAGCCCUCGCUUCAGGAAUCUAACCAACAGCCUCUACACGCCCAUUGUGGCCUUAAAGUACGCAGAUGAGACCGGCGGCCUUUCUGUCAACACCUUCUACAAUCUACUCUUCAAUUUCGGCCCUCUCAUGCACAUCACCAUGAGCAUCCUCAAGUGCCUGACAUGCAGCUGCCUGCGUAGACGCACCGUGUCGCCUAACUAAAGAGGGGUAACCAAUCCCUGUUUGCUGACACACACACCAAGAUCCUAGUUCCCUUUCUUGAGGUUUUUGGGCUUAACAGGUAAACUAGAGCCCCAGGAAAGGGGAGGUGCCUUUUAGUUAAAAGACACUACUAUGAUGAGGUAUUCCAGACAUAAUGCACAAUUGCACAAGUUUUUUAGAUAUUGUAUUCGGGAUGACAUGUUCUCUCACACCCACACACACAGUGAGAACCAUACACGUACAAAACAUAAAUAUAAGCUAUGCAUACAGUUUUGGCAAUAUUGUGCACACAUACGGUAAUAUUAUAGCUAGGGCCAUGCCUUAGUCUGACAUGCAGUGGUUGUAUAGUUGUUAAAUGUGUAUAUUGUUUAGAUGAAAACAGACAGGAUAUAAAUUGUGAGCCAAUCGAAAGCACAAACAAAUGAACUCUGUUAAAGAGAAAUAUAAUGAUUAUAUAACUUGUAGCCUUGAUAACUGUACACUCACCAGAGUUAAAACACGUAUGAUGGAGACCAAAUUAAUUAAUUUUCUGUAAUUGUUUUUUGCCUUUAAUUUCAUAUUUUUAGUGUCAUGGUCAUAACUGCUGUUAAAUCCUACUUUAAAAUUCCUCGAUAAACUGGUUUGUGAAGGGGUUUGUCAGAAAUUUUUAAUCUACUUUAUUGAUUUAUAAAUAAUAAAAUUCUGAUUCACCAUCAAAAGUUUUUUUUUUAAUGAUAUUGAUAACAAAAUGUGACCACUUUGACUAAUAUAUUGUCUUUCCUGCAAGUUGCACACGGUGUUUCUCUUGUUCUGCGAGACUCCUUCGGCACCAGGAGGGGGCAGUAUUUCCCUGUACCGUCUGGAUUUCACGGAAUGAUCAGACAGUCGAGUUGGAGCUGUAGUGUAAAGGAAUUUAUCCUCCAAGGCCCGCGACGGACAAGUGCAAUAUAAAGAAAUAGUUCAUUGCUUGCA